UUUUAAACAUUUUUUUUUUUAAUAACCUUGAAAUUUCUGAGAUUUGGAAAUAUAGAAAACUAGUUUUUAAACCCUACAGUUUAACGUUACCAUUUUUGUUGAUUGUAGUAAAAAUUAACAAUCAAUGGUGUUAUUUGUUAACAUUUUUACAAGGAAAUAUUUAUCCAUAAAUUCAAUUAAUAAGAAAUCAUUGAUUUAUCCUGUAAUCUUCAUUCGUAAAAUGGUGUCUGAUCCAAUUAUUGCUCAAAAACAUUCAUUGUCUGAUGAUGAAAGUUCAACUAAAAAAAAACAGUGUAUUGAACCUCGAGUAAAAAGGAAAAAGUGUGCAAUACUUUUAGCCUACUCGGGACAAGGUUAUUUAGGUUUACAAAGAAAUAAAGGUACAAGGACAGUAGAAGAAGAAUUAUUACAAGCUCUUAAAAUAAACAACUACAUUACUGAAGAAGGAUUUGAUCAAAUGCAAACAAUGCAAUUUCAACGAGCAGCAAGAACUGAUAAAGGAGUAUCUGCACUGCGUCAAAUAAUUUCACUUUUAUUACCUGAAGAUGUAAAAAAAGAAACUAUUAACUUGUCUUUACCUGAACAAAUUAGAGUACUUGACAUUAGAAGAGUUACUAAAGGUUUUAAUAGUAAAAACUCAUGUGAUGGACGGACAUAUUCUUACACUUGUCCAACAUUUGCAUUUGCACCACCAGAAGCCUCUUUAGACUUCAACUAUCGUAUUGAUUCUAUUGUUAUAGAUAGAAUAAAUGAAGUCUUACUGAAGUUUCUUGGAUGUCAUAACUAUCAUAAUUACACAUCAAAAAAAAAAGCGAAUGACCCAAGUGCUCAAAGAUACAUGGUAAAGUUUUAUUGUGAUAAACCUUUUGAAAAAGACGGAGUUGAAUUAAUAUCACUUUUUGUUAGAGGUCAAAGUUUCAUGCUUCAUCAAAUUCGAAAAAUGGUUGGUGUAAUUAUUGCAGUAUGUCGUGGCAUAGCAAAGCCUGAUGUAAUAGAACGCUCAUGGCAACAUGAUCGUUUAGAUUUACCUAUUGCUCCUGGUUUAGGGUUAGUUUUGGAAGAAGUUCAUUAUGAUAAAUACAAUGAAAAGUUUGGUAGUGAUGGUUUACAUGAUCGUUUAGAUUUCAUUGAACUUAUAGACGAAGUUCAAGAAUUUAGAACUAAACACAUCUUACCAACUAUUGUCAAAAUAGAAAAAGAAGAAAGUUCAAUGAUUUUAUGGCUUGAACAGCUACCACUCCACACAUUUGAUUUACGCAGUGAACAUCGUCAUAUGAAGUUAGAUUCUAAUGAAACAAAUAGUCCUGGCCUUGCAACUUUACAAGCCGCUGCUGAAUUAAUAGAAAAAAAAGAACAAGACUCUUAUAGUACUAAUGUAAACUCCCCUCCUGAUAAUCUAUCUACAUUAGCUGAUGCUGCUCAAGCUAUGAGUUCUAAGUAAAUAAAAAGUAAAUUAUAAUUUUUUAUUAAUUUAAAAUAUUUGAUAUUUUAUUAUAUGAAAAAUUAAUUUACAAAUGCCAGUGAGUUUUGUUUGUAUAAAUCUUUUUUUAAUCCAUAAUUCAGUUAUAAGUAUAAUUCAGUGUUAAAAAUACUGAAGAUAAUUUUUAAAUUUUGAGUUAAAUUCCAAACUGUACACAUUAUAUCAUUGAAAAAAUUGGAAAUAUACAAUUAAAAUUAUUAUUACUUAA